AAAACACAUCAGUCAAUAAUUUACCUUGGCCUCUUGCUUUGUUUACACAUCGCUUUGUGAAAAUUAUUAAAUAUUAACUAAACGAAGCAUAAAAUGGCAUCAGCUUCCAGUUCAAGUGCACGCCAUCUGUUUGAUGACUCCAAAAAACGUUUGUGUGCACGCGUUGGCGUUAAUGUGAAUAAUUUGGGAUCUGUGGCCAGGCAAAUUGUUCGAGGCUCCAAAACAAAUGAGAUUAUGCAUCAGACGCUUAAGAACUUUACGCAAGUCGAUGUGGUUUCCGAUUAUAGCAACCAGAAUCUACAGAAAAUGACGCUAAUACUUCAGCAUGUGGGGUAUCAAUACGAUGUGAUGCAGGACAGCGUCAAUCAUUUGGAUUACCUCAAGGAGCAGGUGACGGCGAUGGAAAGAUGA